CGGUGCUGUUGAGCCCAGUCAGCGGUGGGCCAGAUGGCUUUCGUGGCGCGGGCAUGCCGCUGGGGGUUUCUCCUUCCUGCAGGCGCUGCUCGCUACCGUGUACGAGGGCAGCAGCGCAGCAGUCCUGCUUUCCCCGGAGGCACUGGACGACUUGUCGUUCUGGGCAGACGUGCUGCGCGCAGACUCAUCAGUGUGGGACGGUGUCAAACAAGCCACCGUCGGCCACAUGGACUUGGUAAAGGGGGUGUUUCAAGGCCCCGAUGGCGCAGUCAUUUAUACGGAUGCCAGCGGUUCAGGGUACGGCGCAGCGUGGGAGGAAGCGGAGCUACAGGGCAUCUGGUCCGCGGAACGGUGCGACAGGCGGUGGCGGCCGUGUCGCGGGGGUCAACGCGUGUGAAGGAUGGUCGCGCCAUAUGCCGGGAGAUCGCCCUUCUGGCCAUCAGCCUCUGGUUUGAGGUCCAACAACCCCGCCAGGGGGACAGUCGAUUUGCCGCCUUUGUACCAGACGAGGCCUGUCAACCACGGCUGCGGGAACGACAGCGUGGCAGCUUGCAGCCCGGCAUGUAGGGCUGGUGGGUUCAGCCGUGGCAAGCAGCUCGGCGUCCACGUAUCUGACUAACCGCCGGCGCUUUGUACGAUUCUGCGAGGAGCAGCUGGGCUUGUCCGAGCAAGAGGCGCUGCCGUGGAGCAGGGCGGCAGACCUGAACCCCAUGAUGGUCUGCCUGUGCAUCACGGUGUUCGCGGCGUCGAGGUAUGCGAGAUCCUCGGCGGAGGGCACUCUGUGGAGGGCACUGCUGGGACACUGGCAGCGCUCCCGGGGGGGGGUACCAAAGGGUGAGACCAUCUCCAGCCACCCGCGGGUGCAUAUCACCCUCCGACGGGCACUCCAGUCACGGGCGCCUUCACGGCCCGAGGACCAUGGUGCCAAGGCGCCGCUCACGCUGGGUAUCCUGCGGCUCCUGGUGGGUUGGUUAGCCGCGCGCGCUGUCGCGAGGCCAGAGGUCGCGGCAAGGAGUGCGGCAGACGUUUGCUGGUUGGUGGUCGGUUUCUUCGGACUUCUGCGGUGCUCGGAGCUGUUCGCGCUGACUCCGGCAGACAUCAAGGAGCUCCCCGGGGGAGGGGGUUGUUGGUGUGGAUCGCUCGCAGCAAAGGCGCGACCAGCUGGGGCAGGGCGCGUCUGUGUGCUUGGGUGAGAGCACGGCGAGUGGGAAGAUUGUGCGGGGGCACCUGCAGUCGCUCGCCAAGGCGGGACUUCGCCAGUCGGGCCCUCUGAAGUGGAGCCAAGCGGGGCUGGUGCAUGGGCAGAGCAUGGGGAAGGGAGCGUUCACCGCUCGCCUGAGAGAGUUAUUGAAAGAGCUCGAGCGGGACUCUCCUCAGUUACCACUGAAGUUAGAGCUCUUUUCGGCCCAUAGUUUGCGGCGGGGGGGAGCUAUCGCCUUGGCGGAGGCAGGAGUGAGUAGGGACCUGAUUAAGCUGCACGGGAGGUGGCGUUCGGAUGCUGUCGAUGCGUACCUGCAGCCUUCCUUUGCAACCAGGCUGUCCCAAGUCGAGCGGCUUUAAGUUUUUAGGGUCGUAAAGGGGUGGUGUCCCAGCGCCUGGACUGGGUUAUGGGGGAAGGUUGGAGCCGUGGGCAGGGCGGCCACACGGCCCCAAAUGUUUUGGUAGUCGCCGGGCCACCAGGUGUGUUAGGAGCCCCAGAUGGGAGAGGCUAGGCGUGUUGGCGAACGCUGGUUGUGGCGCACGGGGCCCGGUCUGUCUUACUUUCCCCCAUCCCACACGUCGCCCCCUUAGCCAUGUGUUCGUGUUAUUGGCCAGGCAGCAUGUGCCUUGCGGUUUGGACUUAGCAACGGAGGCGCACUGUUCUGCGUGCGUCGGUGGUAUCGAUGCACGGAGCUGCGUUCCGGCUCACAGUGCUUUCGCAGACUAGUAGACCCAAGUGCUGGUGUUGGAGUGUGCGUCUUGUUAUCGUUGGGCCUUUUCGGGCGAUGCGUGGUAAUGUGGGCGCCUUGCGGUUGGUUCAUUGUUAAGACUCAUGGCUCCCUGGAGCCCGUACUAGCUUGCAGCUUGCGUUCUUGUCAGCCUUCUGGUUACAGCAGUAUUUUCCUUUUUGCGCCGGUUUGGCCCGCAGCUCGAUCGGAAAUCCUUGCUGCCGUACCUGUACUGCAUCCAAGCAUGUGACCGGAUUCUACGUAGCCCUCGCAAAGCGUGUUGGUCACAGCUUCACGCUGAAUGGGCACCGAAAUUUGGUUGCUGACGAUUUGACCUAACGUCAACCAACACCUGUGCGGUGCAUGGCGUUCCUGGAAUUCCGUGCGCCCCUGCUCUGGUAAUUCAUUUACGCCCUUAUUGCUUAUCUCUUCCCCGAACCGGUGAUCAAGGUUACCCAAGUCUGCCUUCUCCCGGCUCGCUUGGGGGCUGAGCAGGCAGGCGUGUUCCUAUCCGGAGUAGGGUGAGGUGCCUUGGGGGUCAGCUAUGGACCUGACACAUCCUUCGAAUUCAUGUAGUCGAGAUAUGCACAACAACAGGCGAAAUUCCAUGUUUAGGGUUACUAGACAAGCUCCGUGUGGGCCGGUGUCCACGUCGCCAAUCGGCCCAACCUCGUUCAACC